CUGUUAGAUUCACCUCUAUAUGGUAGAUUGAUAUAAACCUUUUUCUUUGGCACUGAAUAAACUAGAGGUCUUGGCAUUAACUGACUUUUGCACCUAUUAAUAAACUUUAGUGGAUAACCAUUUGUUAUUAAACUGUCAGUCAGUAACUUUUCAUCUUUUUCCACCAUAUCAGAGGUACAUAUUCUUCGAGUCCUCUUAAAGAGGCGCUUAACUAGACCUCUCUUGUAUUGCAAUGGACAGAAACUAUGGAAAUUUAAGUGUUGUCCCGUCCAAGUUGGUUUCCUAUACACGGACCGUCUAAUAGUGCCAUCAUCCCUUUGACUUGAACGUUUGUCUAGAAAGGCUAUUUGGCCAUUACUUUCUGAUUCAUGUGUCAUCACAAUAUCGUUUUGAACACCAUUGAGUUUAUCCAGUAAUCGGUAAACAUCAAAAUCCUUAUCACAUAUAAUUAGGACAUCGUCCAUAUAUCUUCUAUAUGGAGUUGUCUCACUAACGAGGUCACUCGUCAUAUUUUCCACAUAUGACAUAAACACCUCAGCUAAGAGAGGCCCUAAAGGGCUAUCCAUAGCUACACCAUCAACUUGUCGAAAAUAUUCACCAUCAAACGUAAAUUGAACAUUAGCUGUACAUAAUAAAAGUAAUUCUUUCAAAAAUGGUAACGGAAUAGGAAAAAGGGGAAAGUUUUUGGAAAUCCACCGUCUUUGUUAACGGUAUAUUCGUGAAGAGGAAUGUUUAGGUUGUAAACUAGUCUUUGUCAUUUAGUCGCCUGAAAUGACUGGCAAUGGAGAAAGAAUAACAGUUUUCGUAUAUUGUCAUAUUGGUGUUUUCGAAAUAACUUCCCACCUUUGACGAAACUUUCUAUUAAGUAAAUGUAAUUAUACAUGCAAAAUUCUAAGUAAUAUAGAAUUCUGCGCGGCAGUUCGUUUUGUUCUACUUUAUGGCUGCGAAACGUGGUCAUUAAGGUUAGAAGAUACUCGUAAGCUACUAGUAUUUGAACACAGAUGACUUAGAAAUAUUGCUCGCAUCUGCUGGAAUAGUGAGGUUAGACGCAGGGUAUUAGGGAAUGAUGCUAAAUCAGUUAAUGAGGUUGUGAAUCUUCAUCGACUGAGAUGGUUGGGUCACGUGUUACGUAUGCCUGAACAUCGAUUACCACGACGCGCAAUACUGACUAGCGUUGGGAAUGGUUGGAAGAAAGUUAGGGGCGGCCAAACUAAAACGUGGCAUCAGUGCGUGAAGUCAAUAACUUCUGGUCCGAGCCAUGUUAAUAGAUGCAGACUACUUGAUUAGGGUCCGGUGAGACUCGUAACCAAUGGUUGGAGACUCUUGGUGACAUGGCUCAGAAUCGACCACCUUGGCGUCGGUGUAUACAUCGUUUGUCCUCCCUUAAACUAUCGGAUUAAAAUUGCUCUAUAUCUUUCUUUCUACCAAUCCUUAUACACAAUCUUUCCUUUAUACAUUACUAUUGAAGUGACUACUUCUAUGAAUUCGGUGUUCAUCUUGUUGUGCUAAUGAGAUGUGGUAACUUGGACCGAUGCAUAUACCUGCUCUGUGCUACGUUGUAGCUGACUGACUGAGUAACAUAAGAAAACUAAUUUGUUAAUUAUAUUAAAAAACCAUUGAAAUUAUGGUGAUACGACUUAAUAUAACCUCGAUGCGGAGAUGUAAUAAUAUGAGUAAAAUAACCUUAAUAUCAAUGAUUAGAUAAUGAAUCUUUAAAUGUCAUUGAGUAUAAUGUAAGAUAUACAUCUAAAUGAUGAAUGAGAACAGGUGUAAAACUCAAGUUUUGUUUUAGGUCAAUGUUUAAUUUAUCUAAAUGUUCACUAUGAACAAUGUUGUAUUAUUAAUUCACAGUUAGUUUAGUCAAUGAACCAUAUUUCUUAUAUAUGGUGCUUAAUGAUACAUCGGGACACACUUUUACUUUUUUUCUGUAAUUAAGGAUUAUGGACUGUAUUGCUGAUUAAUAAUAAGCCUUAGUUCAAAUAACCAAAAUAAAAUGAGUUAAACUUCACCAUAUUACACAAGUUAGUGGCUAUUUGGACUCAGUAGCUAAGUUGAUGGCUAAUAAGAGGUUGAUCAAUUGCAGUCCUAAGCUCCAAUGGAAAGAUUCAAACAACCAAUACAUGACAAGUCUUAAUGUCAAGUAAUUUUGAGUAGUUUAUUUAGAAACUAAGCGAAGAUAAUGAGCUUGUUGGGUGUUACAUUGAUCCAUUUAAUCUUAAGUCUGGGUUAACGAAAAUCAUAACAGAGAAGGGAGGAGACAAUAUUUGUUUGUAUUGUUCCGAUGAAGGCAACUGGGUUAUAUUUUAGGGUAUAUAUUGAUUUUCACUCUGUACUUCCCACUUAAUGUAACGAUUUUUAGUGGCAAGACAACGGGAUUGAAUUUUCAUAGUAUUUAUAAUUUGUGUAGAGGAUUUGUUGAAAUUAUAGAAUUUUCACAGUUCAAACCGCGAACACAUCUUAAGUAUACAACCAUUAGAAACCUGAAAGCACUGGAAGGCCAUCUCGUCCUAUUAUGGAACUUCUCAGUGACAGUGAAUGUCGAAAAUCCUGCAUCAUGAACUUUCCCCAGUAUGAGACUUCUGAAAAAGUACUCAUGAUCCCAUCAAAAGUCGGAUUCAUGACCAUAUCUUCGGCAAAUAUUUGGUUUGCGAACUAAUAAGUCGGCGUAUAAUUUUCUACGUGUCUAAGACAAAUUUGUGAUAUUGUGCAACCAUCUUCCGAUGCUUUUCUCGAGUGACUGUUGUUCAUUCGACUUGUUUAAACUCUGUUGAUUACAGCUUAAUACUAGAACCUCGGGGAUUCUCGAAUCUAGUCACUUGUAGUCACAUAAUUAUUAUUUAGUAUAAAUGGUUUGGUAGAGAUUGUUGAAUUUGAAGGUUAACAUCAUGAAUUGACUAUUGAAAACUAGGAAGCAUUGCUAUGGAAUCCUACACAGGGACUAAAUAUCUGUCUUGUGUCCACUGGUUUACUAGCUAUGAUCAUUCUGUGAUGUAAAAUAUAAAAUUUAACAAUAUCCACAAAUCCCUCAUAACGAAUAACAUAUAGAUGUGUGUUAUUGAAGGAUGGAUACUUGUGCCUAUGUGAUUAAGCUACGAACUCAUUCAUAAAUGAACAAACAAUAACCACUUUUCUUAGGGCAAAAUCUGAUACAAGUAUAAAGAAUCAUGACAAUACUACUGUAAAUUUUUUUGCUUAAUUUAUUGUCCAAAAGUAUGUGAUUAAACUGACUGAAAUUUAUUGCAUACAAUGUAUUUUAAUAGAUAGACUUUGUCUUCUCAUUAUCACUACUACUGUAUAAUGCAUGUGAGAUGUUUUCGGUUGUUCGUUCAUUUAUAUAUUUAUUGUGUUAAGGACUUAUGUAGAACGUUGACUUAAUGGUUUGGACGAUGACUGAAUCUAUUUGUCUACAUGCAUUGAUAUAAGCGAAGACGUCAUAGCGUUUGACCUCUAAUUGAUGUCCAUGAAGACAACGACGAAGGGGGUGUUUACUUUGUCCAGCGCAGUGCUUUUCACAAUUGAAAUAGUCUAUUUUUUAGAUACUGUGGACACACGUUCGACUGUUUAGAUGUUGCAUAUGUGUUUAGAUCAUGCAUAAAAGAAAUAUUAAAAACAUCUGAGAAUUUUCAGAGGCUUGGCACUCAUGUUAAUCACCAACCGAACAAAAAAACGUCGAAACUGGUCCAAUCUACAAACCAAUCGGAAAAGUCAUGGACAAAUAUAGGACCAAUAAUCAGAUCAAAUGGAGAUUCCAUACAAAUAGAGAGGUAAAUAAUGACAGGUUAAAGGUCAACAAUAACCAAUGAAGAUCGAGGUUGACAGGAAAAGCUAUAAAUUAUAUGUGGUGUAAUUCGAACACUUCACUUUUACCUGAUGAUGUUCAGAAGCACAUCUGAGCUGCAAAUCUUCACCAUCUCAAAAUACACCUGGACGUAAGCGCUGUUUCAGGGAAGAUUGAUAUUCAACUCUUCCUAGUAUUUGCUAUCAUAUAUUUUUUUAUUGUCUUCGACCUGAAAGAUCAGUCCACUGAUUUCAUUAAACGUAGGGCAGAAAAUUCUCAGCGUACGUUCCUUGUGAUAACCGACACGCGUACGUUUUGCAUAUAUCUAUCUACAUAAACCACGCAAGCCAAAACCCAUCCAAUCCAUAUGCAUAAGCACACACAUCGGGUAGCCUGCCAGAUUUUUGGAGUGCCCUGAGAACGGAACCCAGUUAAUUCCGUUCACAACAGAGUGGUGGAUUAGUUCGAUCACCGCCAAUCGACCAAGUUAGCUAGUACGGUUGCCCCUACUACCCGGCAGAACGGCGGGGGCCUUUAUAUUGGAUUUCGCUGACAAGAUCUUGGUAGCAUUUAUUAUACGAAGGUUAAUCAUGAUACUCAGCUAAAUUAAUAGAAAGAAAAAGAACAACUUCGUCGGUUUGGUUCACCGUUUACUAUUACAUCCGAGGGGUCUCCACUGUUAACCAGAAAAAUUGGCUCCGUAACUGUAACUGGAUAACCAACUGUUAUAUAUGAAGAACCAUCACUGUUAUGUACGUAUCAACUCUAUUGAGUUUACAACCUAACUGCUUUUACUUGACACUCGGGAACCACUGCAAUUCCUCGAUCCUACUGGUUAUACAGGGGAACGAGAAUCACUACAAUUCCCACGACGCAAUCAUUUGUGUCAAAUUUUACACAUACCGCAUAAUAAGAAAUACUAUGAGAUACAUAGGAUUACUGUGAAGAACGCUAAAUAUAGUUUACCUGAAUUAAUAUACGGAACGAAAUUGUCAUAUUGAACGAGAGUUCACAUUUGUCAUAUAGAAGAAAGUUUAUGCCAGAUAGAUACCAGAAAAUAAUGACGUAAAUAAUGUUAUCCUUCUAUCAUGUCAUAUCAUGUAUAAUUUCAAUAAAGCAUGAAUUUUGUAGGGAUACAGCAUAUUAUGAAUUCUUGUGAUUCCGUUAUCUCCUCUGCUACAUGACUGACUAGUUACUGUUAUAGUUAUUCUUGCAAUUCGCUUAAAUUUUUCAUCUUUAAGUUGAACUUCAGGGGAUGUAACCAUGUAUUUUCUGAGUCCAGUAUGAUGCAGAAAAACGGGUGCUUGUUUAGCGCGUUCUCAAAUAUCUGAACAUAUAUUGUAGAAUGGGUGCCAGUUUCCUAUCGAGCCUCUCCAAUAUUAGUUGAUGGAAAUGUAAUCUAUUUAUAUCCAUCAUUAAACUGGUCUUGUGAGUCGUCAUGGUAAACACCGAAGUUUUUUUUACCUCGGUCUGGCUUACAUACUUUGUCAUCAAAAUCAGUUGCCAUCGUUACUGAGUUCAAGGGUUUAGGCUUUCAAAUAAUGUAAGUAAGCUUUCUGCAAAAUUCAUCUUUUUCUUUAGUGGGAGCGUAAGCAGAUAUGUCGAAGCGAUAGUCCCGUGUUCCUUUUCUUUGUCCGUACAAUAGUUAUCAGGCAACACAGGAGCACUACGUUCAGUUCUUGAGAGCCUGUCCUAGCUUAGAACUUAAUUCCAUAAUUAAGCCAGCGAACUCACGAGAAGUAGCAGUCAAGUUUCCAGAUAAACAAAGUGUAAAUCGCACUGGUCCUCCACAUUUGGACUCUGUAUGUAAGUUCCGGAGAUGUAGCAAAUGUCAACGGCACGGGUCCUAGCUAAUAAAGCCUAUCGUGUAGUUUACAACACGUUCCAAACACUAAAAACCCCAACGUGUAGAUUCGGACGUGGUUUCACGAAACCAAGAAACAAUACUUGCUGAAUUUAUAUCGUUUGCAUUAUUGGGACAUAGAGAAAAAUACGGAACUAUCAAACAACCGAGAUAGGUUGAGUGAAUUUGAUCGCCAAUAAGAUUAGCAUAAGUGUUUCAGAAUUGUAGUCAUCACUUCCCAGUUGUCCAGACAGAAGUUCCCUUUUCAGUUAGUUGUCUGUAAAUGAAAAUGAAUUAGUUAUGAUUUUACCAACUUUGAAGCAUGACCACUAGGCUUUUUUGUAAGUAGUUUCCUAUGAGUUAGUUUUAAAGCGUUACUGACAAGGAUGCGAAUCUGUGCGACUAGAUGAGGUGUGCUUUUUUUGGGAUUUAAUCUUGUCAACCAAUUCAUUCCCUUUGUUAGAGUCUUACACCACUUCAGAUUCUAGUUUUUGGAGAGGAAAACAUUUUAUUCAUACUUAACUACAGUCAGCAGUAUAACUUCGCUUUCAGAUCUUAAGUUUUUUCGUUUAGUGUUAUCCCUCCGCCCUUUACCUUCCUAUUGCAGGAUAUAGGGUUCGGAUAGGUUGUCGUUUUUGAUAACUCUGACCACCUUAUCUAGGUAACAGCUACUGUCUGAUGUUGUUGAUUUAACCAAUCUAAUUAAAGAACUUGCUUAUUAACUUAUAGUUUUUUUAUAUGUUUAUAGCACUAUACAAAUUAUGUUUGAAGGAUCAGAGCCUGGUUGUGGAGCAGGAAAGGGAGGUGGUGCCGGUGGUUCUAUUCGUGAAGCUGGUGGUUCACUAGGUAAAAGGGAAGCCACUUUAGAAGAUGAAUACUUCCGACGUUUGGAUAAACAAAACAUCGAAGCACUCAAAGAUAAACUGAAUAAGAAAUCUGUUGUGGAGAAUCAAUCUUCGAAGGAAUCUAACAUUUAAACGAUGGAUAAUAACAAUAAUAAUCUGUUUUACAGUUUUUUUAAUGCUUUUAAUAAUGUGUUAUACUCAUAGUUUCAUUAUGUAUUGACUAUUCUAUUUUUAAAACAACAAAUACAUCCUCUUUUUGCUUGUAAAAA